AGCAGGGCGGGGCCCAGUGUGUUGUGGAGGGGGGAGGGGAGAGGCCAGGGGGAGGAGUAGGCUGUGAUUAAUGCACCCACUGUUGAGAGCCUGUCUUCUAUAUAAUGGAGGGUCUCUCUGCCCAGGGGGAGUCAGACCGGUCUCCAGGACCAGCAAGAGCAUGGCAGAGAAUCUGGGGCUGGGCUUCAGGGAAACAGCCAGUGUGGAAAUGCUGCCCGAGGAAGGCAGCUGCACGCCCAAGGCCAGAGCCAGGCUGGCAACCAGGAGCCACGCAUGCUGGGCUCUCACCUGCUGCCUGGUAUCGUUCCCCAUCCUGGCAGGACUCACCACCUACUUGCUCAUAGGCCAGCUCCGGGCCCAAGGAGACACCUGUGUGUUCCAGGCUCCAAAAGGACAAGAGUUUGGACAUUCCCAUCAGCGAGCUUAUGCAUCUCCCAGAGCUGGUGGGGAUAAGCCAAGGGCACACCUGACAGUUGUGAGACAAAGUCCCACACAGCCCUUGGAAAGUCUGUUUCCGGCGCUGCAUUGGGAACAUGAACUUGGCCUGGCCUUCACCAAGAACCGGAUGAACUACACAAAUAAAUUCCUGGUGAUCCCAGAGUCGGGAGACUACUUUGUUUACUCUCAGGUCACAUUCCGAGGGACCACAUCUGAGUGUGGUGAAGCCCGCGAAGGGAGCCGACUGAACAAGCCAGACUCCAUCAUCGUCGUAAUCACCAAGGUAACAGACAGCUACCCGGAGCCAACCCAGCUCCUAAUGGGGACCAAGUCAGUGUGUGAAGUAGGCAGCAACUGGUUCCAGCCCAUCUACCUAGGGGCCAUGUUCUCCUUGCAGGAAGGAGACAAGCUGAUGGUGAACGUCAGUGACAUCUCUUUGGUGGAUUACACAAAAGAAGAUAAAACUUUCUUUGGAGCCUUCUUGCUAUAGGGGCAAGGCACACAUCCUUGUGUGAAGGUCCUCUGCCUCCUAGUUCUAAUUUUCUUCAGUGAUAUGUCAUUAUAACAAGGUUGGUGGGUUGUUGUUUUUUUGUUGUUGUUGUUCUUAUUUUGGGGGUUUUUUUGGUUGGUUUUUUGUUUUUUGUUUUGUUUGUUUUGGUUUUUUUUUUUUUUUUUUUUGAGCAUUCCACAGAAACAGUGGUUUAGCUAUGAAAUUUGAGGCCCGAAAUUUCAGACUUUAUAUGCCUUUCUGAUGAGAAUCUUAACCGGAAAAAAAGCAGAACAGAGCAGACAUAUGAUCGUGGUUGCUUGGAAAAGAAGUGAGUUUCUAAACACUGAGACACAGAUCACCAAAUGAACGGAGGUCCACUCAGAACAUUUCCACUCCUUCAAACUACACCUUGGUCACCAGUGGGCCCAAUUAUUGUGUGAUUUGAUCAUGAAACAUUUGCUUCAGUUCAGGGGCCCUGAACAAAAUCCAAAGCCCUAGAAAAUGGUGUAAACCUUAGAGGCAAAAUCCUUCAUCGGUAUCUCCAAACACUUACUUUAAUGAUGGCUCGUCUUAAAAAAAAAAAAAAAAAAAGAAAGAAAAGAAAAGAGGGCUGGUAUUUCUCAUGAACAUUCGAAAGAAGAAAGAAAGAAUUGGUUUUCAUGGCAAAGGAGAAAAGCAACCCUUCCUUUUAUUAUGCACACAGGCAUGAAAACAAGCAAGCAUGAGUUCCAUAUGCAUAUCAGAAAUACAACAAUAGCAUUUACUCAGCACAGUUCUCUUGAGCACCUUUUACGUCCUGCGCACUUCCUUAGCCCAGAAGAUACUACGAAAAACAAGACAGACUACGCAAAACUUAAACGAAUUCCGCUCCCUGGUUCCUCAUCAAAUAUCACUGAAUGUACUCCAAGUCCAACGUAAUUGGACUAACUCCAAGUCCUAAAAUAACAUAUCAUCUGACCUUGAUAUGUAAGAUUUCUGAAGCUUUCCUAAGACAUCCAGUUGAUUAGGUCACUCAAGAAACUCGAAGACAGAUUUCUAGCCUCCUGGCCCAACUCUACAAGACUGAUUGAUGCCAAGAGACAGCAGACUUACUCUCUGGGGGGAUAAAGGGUCAAUCACCAAAUCUUAGAGAAGUUGACUUAGAUCGGCUUUGAGAUCUGACUCUUGGUUUUACAUGCAGAUGUUUUCUGGGUAUUUUUCUCUUAAAAUAUUCAAGAGAUUUCAAUAUGGAAUUGGCUGAUCAGCCCAGCCGAGGCUUCUCCCCUGGAGGAGAGGUUGGACAUUAAGACCGUCCCCUCUACCUUUAGUGAGUUCAUCCUCUCUAGUCUGUGUGAUUUUCUGGCACAAAUAUGUCAAGGUUAGAGGAGAAUUUGUGCUCUGAGCCUCAGUUGACUUUGUAAAGCAGGAAUCCACCAAUUUGUUUCCCAGGAUCAAAUGAGCUCACGAGGAUGUAACCGGUUAAUUCUGAGCAGUCUGUGAAGUCAAAGAGAAUGUCGCUAUGACAUGGGCAGUGACCUCCAGCAUGUUGGCCCCGAUUAUAAGUGCUGCCAAUUGCAGGAAACCUCCCGAAGGGGUAUAAAGCAAAAUUGGCACCGAAAUCACUCUAAUCCUUUUGCCAGGAGACUACAGAGGCAGGAAGGUGUGCGGUGGGGCUUCUGAGCAGGAUGAUGGGUGUAGCGGUACAUGAUCAAUAUGUGUUGGGUUAUAAUGACACAAAAAUUGACUUCUGGUUUCUCAGUUAGGCGAGUAGGCCUCCAGAGCCUUCAGCUUCUCACCACGGUGAGCACGGGGCUCAGCAGGAGCAGAGGGAAGGGUGUGGUCACUGCCACCUGAUUCAGAAGAGUCUGCAUAAAGGAAGUGAAGCCUGAACGAGCCCUGAAAGAGGGUGGGCGGACAACAGACAGCCCUGGGGAAAGGGCAUCUGAGACUGAGGAAUUACCCUUUACUUAAAGCAGAAAGGAAAGGUUUCUCAGUAACUAUAAAACCAGCUUGAUAAAACAUUGCUCCCUCAACCUACUCCUAGAACACUGUUUGCUGGCAGAUCGGGAUGACUGUAUCGAUAGCUCCAGCCUGCCUCCAGGAUCAGAACUCACACCCCAUGGAAGUAAAGAAAAUGCUCGGUGUGCAUUUGCAUGGGUUCCCAACAAUGUGGGGCACGAGAGAGGAUUUGCACGGAGGAGGCCAGAGUCCCGCCCAGCUCACCUUCUUCUCCACUAACCCAGGGUCUUCGGACCUGCCGGUGGGCCUUGACUCAACCAAGAAACAGAAGUGUCCUGCUGUUCUGAAAGACUUGACCACUUUGGGAACAUCCUUGUCACGUAUUUAUUUUGCUCCUGUGAUAAGCUUGUUUGUUUAUUGAAGAGUAAUAUCGUGCUGAGGCUGUCCUGGCUAAAUAUGUUAAAUCCUUAACAUCUGGUACCGUUCAGAGAGGGCCAGCCGAGAGUUUCCAGUAGAACUCAGGUCAAAACUUCUGUUUCCUAGGUGUUAUCUCUAUGGCUCAAUUCUGUGCACUAAUUUUAAAAAUGAGGCUAGAGAACACUCAAGAAUGUGGUGGUCUCCUAACAAAGUAAAUGAGAUGCAGUCGAGGAUUUUCAAGGAAAGGAGCACGCCCAUGUGCUUCAGAAAAUCGUUAAUUUAGGGGGAAAAUGCUUUGCUGCUCCAAUGUCUCUCAAAGGGCUGAAUUCAAAUCAAGUCCACAUUUACCGAGUGCCUACUCGCCCCGGGGGACACAAAGAGAAAUUAUUUUAGUCUCAGAUGUGUUUACUGUAACUGCUCAGCAGUCCAUUGUCUGCAGACCCUUCCAUUUAUAUUGGUAGUAUUAGCUAGCUAAUUAGCUAACUUGAGGCACGUGGAAAUUUUCUCAUUAGGAAAAUACGUGCCAUCUGAUGAAGGAUGAUCAUUAACAAAAUGAUUUGUGUUUACACAAGUGGGUUUUUUAAAUAGCUACUCUCAGAGUUUUCCAUUAAUAAAAGGGGACGAAAUAAAGAUACCA